ACACAGAGCAGGCAUUCAUAGUGGGGCAGAGCGAGCGAGAAGGGUGGGGAGUGAGCGCGAGCGUCACUUUGGAAACUCUGGAACACACGGACUCUCGUGCUUAUCGGGCGACCUCCUUUUUCACUGCAGAAGUAAGGACGUUGCUGAAGCAUGCAAGUACAGAAACAACAAAAGAAUAGCGGACUUCUGGAUCCAGACAACAUUUUGAGACAGGUGAACUGGGGUCUAAAACAGGCAGCGUGCGAAUGAUACCAGCAACACGGAUGGAAAUACCUUUGAUGUGGAAUCCUAAUAGAGUUCUGGAACGGACGCUGAGAGUUGAGACGGACUGGGAAUUCAUAUAAAGGAGACCUCGAGGGAGGGUAAACUUAAUAAACUUAGAAAACACAACACUUUGACGUCAUAUCAAGAUAACUUAGGCCACAAAUACCCCUAGAUCAAGGAAUUACAUUUCGAUACUUACCGGAGGACGGAGAAAGUUAUUUUGAAAGAAGGAAGACAAGAUGUCAGCCGAGGAGCAGAGUUUGUCUGAGGUGGAGAUGAGUCCUGGAGUCUCGGACGACGGCCAGUCUUUGUCACCGGGGCACUCCUCCGGUGCCACAGGCGGAGGAGACUCACCUUUGCCCGGACAGCAGUCUCAGCUGACGGGGGUCGGUGAUGAGGCUUCCGGUGUGACUGAUGGCCUCUCCAUAAAGUCUGACGAAGAUGACGACCGGUUCCCCAUCGGUAUCCGCGAGGCGGUGAGCCAGGUGCUAAACGGCUACGACUGGACCCUCGUGCCGAUGCCCGUGCGCGUGAACUCCGGCAGCAAGAGCAAACCGCACGUGAAGAGACCAAUGAACGCUUUCAUGGUGUGGGCCCAGGCCGCCAGGCGGAAGCUGGCUGACCAGUACCCUCACCUGCACAACGCUGAGCUCAGUAAAACGCUGGGAAAACUGUGGAGACUACUGAACGAGAGCGACAAGCGUCCCUUCAUCGAGGAGGCGGAGCGUCUGAGGAAGCAGCACAAGAAGGACUACCCCGAGUACAAGUACCAGCCGCGCCGCCGUAAGAACGGCAAGCCCGGCUCCAGCUCUGAGGGCGACGGCCACUCCGAGGGAGAGGUUAGCCACAGCCAGUCUCACUACAAGAGCCUCCACCUGGAGGUGGUGCACACCGGGGGGACGGGGUCUCCGCUCGGCGACGGACACCACCCUCAUGCUGCAGGUCAGAGCCACAGCCCCCCCACGCCCCCCACCACCCCCAAGACAGAGCUGCAGUCUGGGAAGUCUAGCGAGGGGAAGCGGGAGAGCGGCGUGGCAGGGGGCUCCCGCGGGGGCAUGGGUGUAGGAGCAGAGUGUGCCUCCGGGUCCGGGUCCGGCCCGGGGAAACCCCACAUCGACUUCGGCAACGUGGACAUCGGGGAGAUCAGCCACGAGGUCAUGGCCAACAUGGAGCCCUUCGACGUCAAUGAAUUCGACCAGUACCUUCCCCCGAACGGGCACCCGUCAGUGGGGCAGGGCGCCGGAGCGGGGGCAGGCUCCUCCGCCUCCCCGUACGCCUACGGCAUCUCCUCUGCGCUGGCCGCCGCCAGCGGACACUCUGCCGCCUGGUUGUCCAAGCAGCACCAGCAGCACCAGAACCAGCACCACGGAUCCCCGCUAGGUUCGGACCCCUCCAAGGCCCAGAUCAAGAGUGAGGCCGGCCCGGGGGCCCAUUUCUCAGAGGCAUCCUCGGUGCCAGGCUCCCACGUCACCUACACCCCUCUCAGCCUCCCCCACUACAGCUCAGCCUUCCCCUCGCUGGCCUCCAGGGCUCAGUUUGCAGAGUACGCCGACCACCAGGCGUCCGGGGCCUACUACGCUCACUCCAGCCAGGCUCCCGGCCUCUACUCUGCCUUCUCCUACAUGGGGCCCAGCCAGAGGCCCUUGUACACGGCCAUCACCGACCCAGCCAGCGUGCCCCAGUCACACAGCCCCACGCACUGGGAGCAGCCUGUGUACACCACACUGUCUCGGCCAUGACCCUUGCGGGGAGGAGGGGACACAGGCUCAGACACGACCGCAGCAGAACUGAAGACCAGUGGCAUGGGGUGUGACCUGGGCUG